AUGCGCGGGUCUGAAUCAAACAAGGAUGAAGUCCCAGCUGAGAAGCUGGCCGGCGGCGGUGUUAACCGGGAUAUUGAGCAGCAGCAGAACCCUGAGACCGACGGAGCUCAAGUAUCUUCGAUUUUCAAGUCUCUUGGUAUUCUUGACAGACUUCUGGCCCUCUGGAUCUUUCUCGCCAUGCUGAUAGGCAUUCUCCUGGGAAACUUUGUUCCCAACGCCGGGCCAGCGCUCCAACAGGCCAUCGGCCUGCUGGUUAUGAUGUAUCCUAUCCUGUGCAAGGUUCAGUACGAGAAGCUGCACAAUGUCUUCCGCACGCGGGAGAUCUGGAUACAACUCGUCUUCAGCGCAAUCGUCAACUGGGUCAUUGCACCUCUCUUCAUGCUUGCCUUAUCAUGGGCGUUCCUGCCGGACAAAGAAGGUCUGAGGAAUGGUUUAAUUCUAGUUGGAAUCGCGAGAUGCAUUGCCAUGGUGCUGAUCUGGACGAGUUUGGCUAGGGGGGACGGAGAUUAUUGCGCUAUCCUUGUGGCGGUCAAUUCGUUUCUGCAGAUUGCCCUCUUCGCCCCCGUCGCGCUGCUCUUCAUUAGGGUUAUCGGCCAAGACAGCAGCAUCUCCUCCGUCUCGUACUCGACAGUCGCAUCUGCAGUGGGCGUUUUCCUCGGCAUCCCCCUUGGCGCGGCCAUCAUUACCCGCCUAUCAUUGAUAUACACCGUGGGCCACGAGGCGUACACUGUCAAAGUGAUACCGUUCUUGGCGCCGUGGUCGCUGGUCGGCCUUCUUUACACCAUCAUCGUCCUCUUCGCAUCCCAGGGGUCACAGGUCGUCCACCAAAUCGUGUCCGUGGUGCGGGUCGCGGCGCCGCUGGUGGUCUACUUCUCCGUAAUCUUCUCGGCGACACUGCUCGUGGCCCGCAAGCUGGGUUUCCGCUACGGUCUCGCUUGCACGCAGGCAUUCACGGCGGCUAGCAACAACUUUGAACUGGCCAUUGCGAUUGCCGUCGCGACAUACGGACCUGAGUCGGAUGAGGCGCUUGCAACGACCGUCGGGCCGCUCAUUGAGGUUCCGGUACUCCUUGGACUGGUCUAUUUCAUCAAGUGGUUUGCCCGGCGGAAUGGUUGGAACGACUAA